GCUGUCACCUCUGUCCUCCGGCAGCAGCCACCAGGUCUUACCUCAUUGUCACCGUCACUGGAGCCUGACAUCUGGGACAGGCGGCUCAGGUCCCACAGGGAGCGGCUGGGCCGAGUCGGGGGGCCACUGCCAGUCCGGGCACGCUGUACGCUUCUUAGGAUGUCACUGAGAGCGGGCCCUGGUGGGGCAGGGGACUCCUGCCUGUCCCCCUCGAGGAUGCGGCAGGCAGCCAGGCGGUGGGCCAGUGGCCCAUUGGGUGGCAGCCGUGACACAGGGGCUACAGGGCAGCGGUGAGCCACACGGUGUGGGCUGCGGGCCAGCUGCCCGUCUCCCGGGACGCUGACGAGGGGGCCCUGGGCGGGCAUGGAUGGGAGUGGCCACGAGGCUGCAUACAGUGUCCGGAACUCACGACUGAAAGCGUCGACGAUCUCUCCGGUCAUCAGAGUCACCAGACCGCGGUGCAGGCGGGCGUCACUCCACGUGAAGCUGGGGGACCAGAAUCAGGGGUCAGGUCUCUGUGAAGCCUGAUUCCCAUCGCCAGUCCCCUCCCGGGUCCCAAGGCAGGUGGGGUGACCUCAGACAGGUCCUGGCCUCUAGCACCUCAGUUUCCCCCUCUGUAGAAGGGGGACAACAGAGGUACACGACCCGAGGGACAGAUGUGAGGACCACAUGAGUCAAGACACUGUCCUUUGGAGUCAGACUGGAUCUCAAACCUGGGCUCUGCCCGGCCCCAGCCAGGAACGUUGCAGCUGGAAAGAGUCGGGGUGAGUUUCCCGGCACCCACAGCCUGUUUUAAACUCAGCUGCUUCCCAGAAAGAGUGCAUUCAUUAAGCACUUGCUGUUUGCCGGGCCCUGGGUCUCCUGCCCCCUGCCUGCCUUAGCUCCUUCCUCUGUAACAUGAAGCCCAAGCACAGGCAGACUCCAGGGAGGACAUGGGUUCCUGUCCCUGCCUGUGGCCAGUGCGGAGAGCCUGAGAGCUGUGGUGGUGGUGGGUGCUCUUGUCCCCUGUCCCCGCGGGGUGUGCUCGUAAAUUCUCGGCUGCAGUCUUGGUGCCGCACAUGCCGGGCAGACUCCUCCUGUCUCCCAGCCUCCUUGGAAUGAAGCGAGACCCGGGCUCCAACCCCGGCUCAGAGACUCCUGGGUGUGUCACUUUGCCCACCUGGAAGUGGGGUUGCCGCGGGAGAUGUGAAGUCAGACCCUCAGGGGGCGCAGCACACACAGUGGACAAUCCGUGGCCAGCAUCGUGGGCGCUGCUCAGGCGUCCUUACCUUGGCGAGGUGACUGUCCUCACUCCAUUGAAGGUCAGCAGGUUGGGCCACCUUGCACGUUGUGCCACCUGCCCCCACCUAUGACCUCACCCCAGAGCGGUCAGUGGGAACCCUGAGGGGUCUGUGAGGUCACCGCAUUCCACUUCACAAAGACUUGUCGGGCCCUGGCGCUGGCCUGUCUCCGCCCCGAGGCCUCAAGAGCUUCCUGAGAGGGACACAGAGCAUUGGGACCUGACCCUCCCAGUGGCCAGGACAAGGAGCAGAGGUCCUGUGGGUAGGAGUCCCAGGAGGUCAUUCAUUCAGCAAUUCCCGGACGCCCAGGAAGCCCCCGGCCUGGCUUGGGCGCCGUCCCCGCCGCCAGGCCGCCAUGGUCCUCGGCUGGCUGCUGCUUCUGAUGAUGGCUCUGCCGCCGGGCACCACGGGGGCCAAGGACUGCAUCUUCUGUGAGCUGACCGACUCCACCAAGUGCCCUGGCACCCACAUGCGCUGCGGGGACGACGAGGACUGCUUCACAGGCCACGGGGUGGCGCAGGGCGUGGGCCCCGUCAUCAACAAGGGCUGCGUGCACUCCACCAGCUGCGGCCAGGAGGAGCCGGUCAGCUACAUGGGCCUCACCUACAGCCUCACCACCACCUGCUGCCACGGCCACCUGUGCAACGCCAGCCCCGGCCACACAGGCAGCUCGACGGUGGGGGCCGCAGUGGGCCUGCUGGUGGGUUUGCUGCUUCUGCAACAUUUGCCGUAGCCCUCUGGGAGGGCAGGGCCCGGGACCGGUCUCCCAGAUGCCCCACCUUUCCCCCUUUCCCCCAUUAAAUGGCCAGAGGCCCUCGACAACCGCUUGUGGCCCCGGCUCCAUCCAUUCUAGGGCUGUCCCUCCGCAGCCCAGGGCCGGGAGAAGCACCCGGGGCCUGACUCGGUGGUGCUGGCCGGUGGUCUGUGAGCUUGACUGCACGACUGUAUUUCAUCGGUUCUAAGAUGUGUGUAUUUUUGCAUUUCAAUCAGGAUACUUCUUUCCCUUGGUGGCACCUUAGAGUCUAUGAAAUAUGACUAAAAAAAAAAAAUCAUCGUAAAAAUAAAUGA